ACGUCACCAGCGCUGCGCGUUGUUGCAGAGUCACUGCGACUGAGUGACUGUAAACAAGCUGAGAGAAAGAACAGUCGCCAUUUAAGCUAGGCCCUUAAUGCUGUUGCUCUAUCUCUGCUCUUACUCCUCAUUUACACUCAUCCGUGAAUAACUCCACGAUACGAAGUGUAACCAUCCACGAGCAGUGUUUUUAAUCGAGUCACAGUUCGUGUUUUCAAGUCGCACAGAGCUAACUAGCCUCUUCUAGCCUUUAGCUUGCGUUAGCUUAGCCGUUAGCUUAGCCUCGCUGGCUAGUCAACAUCCUAAAGGGCCCUGUUGCGAGGCAAACACCCUGCAUGCCCUGGGGUUAUAUCUCUCUCUUUACUGCGACCAGGAUCUCCUGAACCCUGGGUGGCUGGUCAGAGCGGCCUCCUCCCACCAUGGAGGCAGGAGGGAAGGACUGUGAAGAGGAAACACUGCAGACGGCGUUUAAGAAGCUGAGGGUUGAUGCUGGGAGUUUACCUGGAGCAGUGAGUGUGUCGGAGGCAUUGGCUCCCAGAGGGGCAUCGCGUGCUUGUCUUGACACCAGCGGAGCGAAACCCAAACUCAGCUGCCCGAAGGACAACUGGCACGGCUGCAUGAGGAAAACUUCUAGAGGAGUAUCCAGAACCCAGCGGCGUCGGAGGUCCAAGUCCCCCAUCCUGCAUCCUCCAAAGUUCACCUACUGCAGCACCGCGGCAGCCUCUGCACUGUCGACCCCUAGUGGCUGCUUGAAGCACCAGCGCCUGGCCGUGCCUGAGCCUGUGGAGCCUCGUCCUGCAGUCGAUGGAAGAACAGCCUCCUCCGUGGCCGUCCCGGCCCAGAAAGAGCUCUCUUCUUCUGUCACUCCCGGCCACAUCUCCCCUCUGGUUUUUGGAUCUUGUGCUGGGUAUGAGACACAUGUCGGAGCUGCAGUUUCUACGCCGUCCUUAAAAGAGAUCCCCACUGUUGUUACUACUGUCGCGACGUCAUCCAGGGAGGAUGGAGGAAGCCCCGGAGAUGUCCUGGCGAGCGAGGAGAGCGGCCCAGAGAAAAGUGCCUGCGAAGGAGCAGAGUCUGCAGCGGGAGCACCUCGGAUAUCCGGACCCGCAGACGCCGCUGACUUCCGAGUUUUAUCCGAGCUCCACAGUAGCGGCUCGGCAGAAGGCCCCCACAUUCCCUGCUCCUGUGCCUGGAAGAAUAGUUCAGAUUCCCAGGAGGAGAGCAGGCAGGGGGCCGAAUCUCGGUGCCAGUGUCAGUCCCUUCAUCAGGGCUGGCAAGGCUUGGAGGUGUACUCCUUCACGGGGCUCCGCAACGUCAUAUCAGAGUGCGAGAGGAGCCUGCCGGGCCGCGAGGACGCCGCCAGAACUCUCAGCACCAACAGUAACGCUGCCACAGCUUCGUCACCUUCAUCAUCGUCAGCAACAUUGUCGUCGAGCUCCCCUCGCUCGUGUUCGGAGCAGGCGCGGGCCUACGUCGACGACAUCACGAUAGAGGACCUUUCUGGCUACAUGGAGUAUUAUCUCUACAUCCCCAAGAAGAUGUCACACAUGGCUGAGAUGAUGUACACUUAAAAAAAAAGUAAAAUAAAAUUAUUAUAUUAUCAUAAGGAAAUAAUAAGAGGGUUUUUUUCUGUUGUUGAGGGAAAAGGCAGCCUCGAAGGAAUGUCAGUAGUGGGUAGAAGACUGGAUCAGGCAUGAAAGUUAUAAUUUAAAUAUACAACAAUAACUAAUUUGAACCCAGGUUGAAAUGUUUCCAUUGUCCCCUGCCCUCAGUUUGAGCCCCCCCCCCCUCAUCAUUUUAUUAAAAUUAACAGGAACAAAUUACCAUCUAUUUCUCAUUUAGUUUUGACUUCCAUCCCUCCUUUUUUUGUGCUAUAUUUAAAUUUUCGGUUUACAGAUGAAGUUGCCAAAGCUCUUGGUGCAGGCUCUUGCAGAAGGAGAUGACAGUAGGGAUAUGCAAACUUGUAAUGCCAAGCGUUUGUGGUGUUGUGUCACCUGCCUGGAUUUCUUUUCACUCAAUAAAGAAGCAAACUGUUUGUCAGAAAAA